CUCUAGGUUAGAGUGUCCCAGGCACACCAGCGGCAGUUGGGGUUGGCGCACACGAAGGAUGAGGAAGGCCAGGCUCCAGGAUCUGCUCUGGAUACUCUUCAUCUCAGAACUCCAAGCUGCAAAUGAACCACGUGAAGAACAGUAUGUCUUAGCUGUGGGAAAGACCCUGAAUGUACAAUGUCCUUUCUCCAUCCGGAAGUACGCCAAUAGCCAGAAAGCUUGGCAGAAGCUGAUGGACAGAGGGGAGCCCCUGACACUGGUUUUCACAGAGAGUGUUUCAGGGAAACCCAGUCAAGUCCGGAUGGGCAAGUACUUCCUAGAAGACAUCCCCGAUGAGGCCAUACUAAAUGUCCAAAUGACCAAUCUUCAAGUGGAAGAUUCAGGACUGUAUCGGUGUGUGAUCUACCACCCUCCCAAGGACCCUGACAUCCUGUCCCCCCUUGUCCGCCUGGUUGUGAUCAAGGAUUUUUUAGUCUCAGACAAGAAUCCUACGCAGAACUUGGUUCAGACUUCCACCUCUUCUCUUACCACCACCAAGGCCCAGAGCACACUCCUUACCAGUCCCAGGACUGUGACCCAACUCCUACCCAAAUCAACUGCUGACAUUUCCUCUCCUGGCUUUGGAGUCAACAUCACAAAUGUGACGGAUGUUACCAGCUAUGGUUUCAGGGUUCCCACGAUCAACAUCAUCAUUAUUGUGCUGUGUGGACUCCUGAGCAAGAGCUUGGUCUUCACUGUCCUUCUUGCUGUCACGCAGAGGUCAUUUGGACCUUAGGCCAGUGAAACCAUGAGAAUGACCUCUGACCUUCAGUUAUAUCCUUCUGGCAGUUGUUCCAGAGGAGGGGUGUGAGGGGAAAGGCAAGGAGGAGCAAUGACAAGAGUAGACUCUGUAACACAGAUUAUUUCUAAGUCUCAUGUCUCACCUCAGCCCUGCCAGCUCCCCUCACUACACCAAUAACCUUGUGUGUGUGUUUUCUCCCUCCGAAGAGAAGACACAGCUGCGAACAUGCCCAUUCCACCAGUGGCUUGGGAUUUGCCUUAAAUAAAGACAGAGUCCAAUGCUC